AUGUCGCUCUACUCAUGGGAGCAACCCGCGCCAAAACCACGCUACUACGCUCAGGCGCUGUCUGUAGAGGACCUGAAAGCGCUCGCACAAGGCGAGAAGAACCACAACCUCCAAGAGUGGUCGGACGAGCGCCUUUACACUCACCAUGAGGGUCGCAGGGGCUUGAUACCCCAGGCCAUGCCCUUGGAAGAGAAGAUAAUCGCGCUCGCGGGGAUUGAGCACAAGAUGCAGCAAAGCCAGCCCGCUGUAGCCAAGACGAAGGAGAAGCCUGAGGAGUACGAAGAGCCGCGCAACCGUCGCUACUCACACGCCCGUGCAGCUAGUAGCGGAGAUUAUUUCUACCAGCCGUCCAGCUCUCGCACAACCGCAAACAACACCCGUCGUAUCUCGCCUCUAGCAACCCCAUCAGGCCCGUCAUCCUCUAGCUCUUCGAACCAUGUACGCAGCCCUCUGAACCAAGAAGUGCGCUUCCGCGCUAACCCAGAGGCGACAUUCGAGUCUUUCCUCGUGCCACACAAGUCUGGAACGGGUGAGGUCCUUGCGGAGUCUAAGAACGCGAUGAAGGAUAAGACGCCGACGGCGAGCCUGAGCCCAAGUCCGAAGGCGUUGGCGAAGGUUAGGCGGUUGACGAAGAUGCCGUCGAUGCCGCUGCUGCGGAAGCGUAGUAGUGGUUCGUGA